AUUAAAUAGCAAACACACAAUUAUUUAGGAGUUGUUGGAGUAUAUAAGCGCACAUUACGGAUUUCAUUUCUUUACAAUUUCUCAACUACACGAUGAACGCCAAACGGCUAGUGUUCUUAUUACUAAUUUAUCAAUAUAAAUUGCUGACAGAAGUUGAGGCUCUGGAGGUGCCCAAACACAUGAUAUCAGGUGUAAAGAAAUUGACCAAUAUAUGCCUAAAGGAAACUGGCGCCACCGAAGAUUUGUUUAAAGAUGCCAGGACAACAGGCAAAUUGCCCAACAAUCAAAAUUUGAAGUGUUUCUUGCAUUGUGUAUUGGACAAAAUUGGUUUGAUGGACGAAGAUAACAUUGUGCAUCUGGAUAAUCUCAUCGAAAUAAUGCCGCCCGACUUUGUGCCGAUUAUAGAACAGUUGCACACAGCAUGUGGCACACAAAGUGGCGCUGAUGGCUGUGAAACGGCGUUUUUAACAGUCGAAUGUUAUAUAAAAACAAAUCCAUAUAUAUCGAAAAUAUUGUUUGUAACAUUCGGGGAGUGAUGUUGUAUAAAUACAACAACAACAAAAAUAUUAAAUAAUUAAUAUUAACUAUUAAAAAUUAAGCUCACCUGUAAAGCGAAUCGUCAAUACGCAACAAAAGCAGACAACGCACAAUACGCAAGCACUCAAUUUGCACUUUAAUCAUGGCAUCCUACAGUAUAAUAUAUAAUAAAGUUAAAUAUUUGUAUAUAUUUAUGAAAUAAUAAAAAUAUUUAGCUACUUUAA